UUUAAUUUGGUUGUACCGACUUGUAAACACCAGAAAUCAAAACAAGUACUUCGAUCAUAACAUUACUACAAGACUUUUUGAUGAGUUUUUUCAGACAAAAGCAAGCACGCGCCUGCACGUGAGGAUCUUCUCCAUCACUGUUUAUAAGGCCACGUGUCGGUCGGUCAGAUCCAGAUGUCUUCUUCACUCGUGCCUUUUAUUUCCACUCUCUUCUGUCUUCUUCCGUCUCCCUCUGUCUGAUUCGGUGAUUUGUCAUCGUCUUCUCUGUAUGGUUGUAUCAGUGAAUCCAACCAACUCCCAAAGCUUCACUCCCUCAGAUUAGUGAAGGAAUCCAAAUGAAAAAUAUCUACAAAUGUUGAAACUCCCACCGAGAUUCCUCUCUGUUUACUCGACUCUCAUCCACAUUCUCGCUUCUCUUCUCGUAAGAGGCGACUUUCCGGCGACCAGAUUCGAUCUCGGCACCUUGUCUCUCUCAACCCUCAAGCUUCUCGGCGACGCUCAUCUCAACAAUGGAACCAUAAAGCUCACCCGCGAGCUCCCCGUACCGACUUCCACCGCCGGAAAAGCUCUCUACGGAAAACCGAUUAGAUUCCGGCACCCGGAGACGCAGUCUCCGGCGAGCUUCUCCACUUACUUCUCGUUCACGGUGACUAACCUCAACCCUUCCUCGAUCGGCGGCGGAUUGGCUUUCGUGAUCUCCCCCGACGGAGAAUCCAUCGGAUCCGCCAGCGGGUUUCUCGGUCUAACCGGAGAAUCCGGAUCCGGAUCCGGGUCGGGUGGUUUUGUGGCGGUGGAGUUCGACACGCUGAUGGAUGUGGAAUUCAAAGACGUGAACGGGAACCACGUGGGGCUGGAUCUAAACGCCGUCGUUUCGGCGGCGGUAGCGGAUCUGGGAAACGUCGACAUCGAUCUCAAGAGCGGGAACUCCGUGAACUCGUGGAUCACUUACGAAGGAUCGGGCCGGGUUUUAACGGUUUACGUCUCUUACUCAAACGUUAAACCGAUAUCGCCGGUUUUGUCGGUUCCGUUAAAUCUCGAUCGGUACGUCAGCGAUUCGAUGUUCGUUGGAUUCUCCGGUUCGACGCAGGGAAGCACGGAGAUUCACAGCAUCGACUGGUGGAGCUUCGCUUCCUCUUUCGAUUCAUCGGAAUCUUCUCCGCCGCCGUUGUCCGGUGAGCCACCGUCUUCGCCGCCGUCUUCUCCUUCACUCUCUUCACCCACCUCCCGGAUAAAACCCGCCGAUCCAUCUUCUCCUUGCCGUAACAAACUCUGUAAAAAAUCCCCCGCCGCCGUCGCCGGAGUAGUAACCGCCGGAGCAUUUUUCUUAGCGCUAUUCGCCGGAGCGAUGAUCUGGCUCUACUCCAAAAAGAUCAAAUACACUCGAAAGAGCGAGUCCUUCUCAUCGGAGAUCAUGAAAUCGCCGAGGGAGUUCACCUACAAGGAGCUGAAGCUAGCCACCGACAGCUUCAGCGCCACUCGAGUGAUCGGAAACGGCGCGUUCGGCACCGUCUACAAAGGUAUCUUACCAGGCUCCGGCGAAAUCAUCGCGAUCAAAAGAUGCAGCCACGUGUCUCAAGGAAACACCGAGUUCUUAUCGGAGCUAUCGCUGAUCGGAACUCUCCGUCAUCGGAAUCUCCUCCGUCUCCAAGGCUACUGCAGAGAGAAGGGAGAGAUUCUGUUGAUCUACGAUCUGAUGCCUAACGGAUCUCUCGACAAAGCAUUACACGAGUCUCCGACGACGUUACCGUGGCCUCACCGGAGGAAGAUCCUCCUCGGAGUCGCUUCCGCUCUGGCUUAUUUGCAUCAAGAGUGCGAGAAUCAGAUCAUUCACCGUGACGUUAAAACGAGCAACGUUAUGCUCGACGCAAGUUUUAAUCCUAAGUUAGGCGAUUUUGGACUCGCUAGGCAAACGGAGCACGAUAAAUCGCCGGACGCGACGGCUGCCGCCGGUACGAUGGGGUAUUUAGCGCCGGAGUAUUUGCUCACCGGUCGAGCGACGGAGAAAACCGACGUUUUCAGCUACGGAGCCGUUGUUUUGGAAGUAACCACUGGAAGAAGGCCCAUUACCCGAACCGAGCCUAAUCCCGGUUUGAGACCCGGUUUCAAAACCGGGUCGAGUUUGGUUGAUUGGGUUUGGGGUUUGUAUAGAGAAGGGAGGCUUUUGACGGCAGUGGAUGAGCAGUUGGGCGAGGGAGAGCUUAACCCGGAGGAGGUGAAUCGGGUACUGAUGGUGGGCCUUGCUUGUUCACAACCCGACCCGGUAACCCGGCCUAGUAUGAGGACUGUGGUCCAGAUUCUGGUCGGGGAAGCUGAUGUGCCGGUGGUUCCGAUGGCGAGACCGUCACCGUCGUUGAGCUUUAGCACGUCGGAGUUAUUGCUUACCUUACAAGACAGUGCAUCGGACUGUAAUGAAGCUUUGGCCCCGGUCUCGACGACUUCUUGUUCCUCGUCCGAACAUGACAUCUUCAUUGUCGGCAAGGAUCGAUCGGUUUAAUAUUUUAUUUAAAUUAUUAAUUAUACGUGAUUAUAAAUUCGGAGACAAUUUUACCGGUAAACAAUACUAAUUUUUAAAAACGGUAGAUUUGUAAAAUGUAAAUUUCCGAGUUUAUUGAAAAUUCUUAGUUUUGGAACCUCAA